GGAAAGUGGGCUAUAUAAGUGUACAUUUGACCUGGGACUCAUGCCCUUUCUGCGGAACUGAACUCACCUACGUAUGGUCACGUGGUAGUCUACAGCACUGUGCGUGACUCACCUGCAGUUUCAACGCCACGCCCAUACCUGCAAAAACCAGGAAACGCAAAGCAUUGCCGCACAACGAACUGCUUUUUUCUUACCUCAAAACACACCUUCUGCUGGUAAACUAUCAUUUUCAGAUUUUAAUUGUGGUUUUCCAUCGCAAACUACCAAAUAUCCAGAAUUUUCAUUAGAAAUCGGUACUGAUGCUUCGUGGGAGGCAGUUGUUUUCAGAGGGUCCCUGGGUCGAGCCCAGGUUGGGGCAAGGAGAGGGAUGGAAGCAACUCUUACACAUGCACAGACAUACCAAUUAACAGUACAUGGGACACAUCCAGUACUGACCAGUCCAACACUGACCUGUACCGAUCUAGCUGCUCCUGGGAUAGGUUCUACUGGACCAAAGAAGCCCAGUACCUGUGUCUCCGUCGACUCUCUUCACCCAGCUACUCUGCUAUUCUGAAGAGCCCAGUCAUGGAGGAAACCGUGUGGGAGCAGUACACAGUGACGCUGCAGAGGGACCCCAAGAUGGGUUUUGGUAUUGCAGUGUCCGGGGGGCGGGACAACCCCAACGAGGAAAGUGGGGAGAUGUCCAUAGUGGUAUCUGACGUACUUCAGGGAGGGCCCGCCGAUGGCCUGCUAUUUGAGAAUGACCGGGUGGUGCAGGUGAACGCCAUUCCCAUGGACAACGUGCCACACUCCUUCGCUGUACAGACCCUCAGAAAGUGUGGAAAAGUAGCCAAAAUUACGGUCAAGAGGCCCAGGAAGGUUCCGGUGAACCUGCUGAAACGCGCCCCUUCCCCCGAUGACCGCGUCUUCAGUAACGACUACAACGAUGACUAUGACUACGACCAGGACCGCCGCAGUGUGUACAGCGGACGCAGCAGUCAUCAAGACCGCGACCACAGCCAGGAAAGGGGAGGUUACACAGACGCUGGCUAUCAGGGACGGGGCUUUGACCGUGAUUACGGUCGAGAUGACCGGGGCAGAAGUGUGGAGAGGGACCUCCAUCCAGACAGGCAGUACAGACGAGACGGGAGCAUGGGUCGCACUCUGGACCGUGAACGUAGCCCUGACCGCCGCUACAAAAGCGACCUCACUCUUGACCGCGACCACAGCCCCGAUCGGCGUUACCGCAGCGAACGGGCCCUUGACCGCGACCCCAGCCCCGACAGGCGUUUCCGUAGUGAACGCACUCUGGACCGCGCUAACAGCCCCGAGCGGCGGUACAGGGCCGGUCACAGUCCCGCCCGCAGCCAUGGUCGCGACCACAGCUUUGAGCGUAACCGUGAACGUGUUCCCAGUGACCGCGACCACAGGAACGAGCAGAUGAAGAGGAGCGGGAGCAGGGAGCGUCUGGACCGCUCACCCUCCCCCACCGCCAUGCCAGUCCCCAUGGCCCGCCCCCCUCGGGAGCAGGAGCCCCUGGAGAAACCCCUCAACGUGCUGCUGCUGAAGAACAGGCCCAAUGAAGAGUAUGGUCUGCGUCUGGGCAGUCAGCUGUUUAUUAAGGAGAUGACCAGCACAGGUCUGGCCUGCAGGGAUGGCAACCUACAGGAGGGAGACAUCAUACUGAAGAUCAAUGGUACAGUGACCGAGAACCUGUCUCUAAGCGAUGCAGGGAAGCUGAUCGAGAAGUCUCGAGGAAAGCUGCAGCUGGUGGUGCAGAGAGACAGGAGACAGGUCCUGGUCAGGAUUCCUCCCCUGGCAGACAGCGACUCUGAGCUCGAUGAUAUCUCUGAGAUCGAGUCUUACCGCUCCUACUCGCCACAGGAUGACCGACGAGCCCCCCACUCAGACCUGUCUUCCCACUCCUCCAAUGAGAGGCUCCGAGACAAACCCAGGGAGGAACCUCCCAGCAGGCUGGCUAAAAUGGGCGCUAUGCCGACACCGUUCGCCAUGCCGGCGCGAAAAAAGGAUAGAGUUGUGGAGGACACGCCCCUUCUGCCAGUAGAGAGGGUGGAGCCCCGCCCGGAAACACCCCCAGCACCGGUAGUAACUGUUGCCCCAAAAGUCCACGCUGCCCCAAAGGUACCACUGACACCAAGCAUAGAGGAUCAGGAGAUAUACGGGCCCAACACUGUGAUGGUGCGUUUCCAGAAGGGGGAGAGCGUGGGGCUGAGGCUGGCGGGAGGAAACGAUGUGGGAAUCUUCAUCGCAGGCAUUCAGGAGGACAGUCCUGCUGAACAGGAGGGUCUUCACACUGGGGACCAGAUCAUGAAGGUGAACAACAUGGACUUCAGGGGCAUGGUGCGUGAGGAUGCUGUCCUAUACCUGCUGGAGAUUCCAAAGGGAGAGGAUGUCACCAUCCUGGCUCAGAGCAAACCAGAUGUCUAUAAGGACAUCCUGGCAUCGGGCAGGGGGGACUCGUUCUUCAUCAGGACCCACUUUGAGUAUGAGAAAGAGGUUCCCCAGAGCCUGCCCUUCUCCCGAGGGGAGAUCUUCAAUGUGACUGACACACUCUAUGACGGCAAGCUGGGCAACUGGCUAGCCAUCCGCACUGACAAAGACAACCAGCUGCUGGAGAAGGGCAUCAUCCCCAACAAGAGCAGGGCGGAACAAAUGUCAAAUGUGCAGAAUGCCCAGAGAGGAACAGCCAAUGACAGAGGAGACUUCUGGAGGUUGAGGGGUCAAAGGGCGGCAAAGAAGAAGGACCUCCGUAAGAGCAGAGAGGAUCUGACUGCCACCCCUGUCACCACUCGCUUCUCUGCCUACGAGAGGGUGGUCUUACGAGAAGCUGGCUUCAGGAGACCAGUGGUUGUGUUUGGGCCCAUUGCAGACGCAGUCAAUGAGAAACUGGCCAACGACCUGCCUGAGGAGUUUGUCAUAGCCAAGACCGAGCCCAAGGACGCAGGCGCUGACAAGUCCUCCGGUGUGGUGAGACUCAAUACCAUUCGUCAGAUCAUCGAACAGGACCGCCAUGCCCUGCUGGACGUGACUCCCAAGGCAGUGGACACCCUGAACUACACCCAGUGGUACCCCAUUGUGGUGUUCCUCAACCCGGACAGCAAGGGGGGCAUCAAGACCAUGAGGAACCGCCUUGUGCCCGGCUCCAGUCGCAGCGCCCGCAAACUCUACGAGCAGGCGGUCAAAAUGAGGAAGACCUUUUCCCACCUCUUCACUGCAACUGUUGACCUGAACUCGGCCAAUGACGGGUGGUAUGGGAGUGUGAAAGACUCUAUCCGGGCACAGCAGGAGCGGGCUGUGUGGAUCUGUGAGGGCAAGUUGGACGGCUCUGAAGAGGAACUGGAUAUCCAUGAUGACCACAUGUCAUACCUGUCAGCGAUGAGCGCCGAUUACCUGAGCAUGGACAGCCGACUGACCAGCGACUUCGACGACACGGCCGACGAGGGUGGGGCUUACACCGACAAUGAGCUGGACGAGCCAAUGGACGAGCCCCAUCAGCCGGUGUCGGCCAUCAGCCGCUCCUCAGAGCCCGUACUGCCAGAGGAGAGACGCCAUCCUGCCCCCAUACCUCGUAUGAGGAGAUCAGGGAGCAGAGAGGUGCUGAGAGACCCCAGCCCGCCCCCCACCUUCGUCCCUGAGCCCCCCAAGGUGAGGGUGCAGUCUCGGGGGGGCUAUGACUCCCAUUCCAGCAGCACCAUUAGCAGUGACGCGGCCGGGGGGUCCAAGCCCGCCCCGCCCCCCGUGGCCCUCAAGCCCACCCUAAAGGCCCCCGGCCAGUCAUCUGAGGACCACAGUGUCCAGGGGGGAGAGGACCCGGCUAACCGCUCAUUCAUUGGCAAGGUGAAGGCCUUCGAAAAGAUGGACCACCUGGCCAGAGCCCAGAGGAUGCUGGAGCUCCAGGAGGCCGAGCAAGCACGGCUGGAAAUAGCCCAGAAGCACCCAGACAUCUAUGCAGUCCCAGUGAAACUACCAAAGCCCAACCACAACCGCCCACAGCCAAUAGGCUCAGAGCCCCAGACCCCGUCCUCCAGGCCACCGUACUCUGAGAGCAGGGGUCACUACGACGACGAUGAGGAAGAGUACCGCAGACAGCUGGCCAACCAGACCAGACGAGGCUACUACAGCAACCCCCAGAAGUACAAAGACACUGAGAUGUAGGACAGACAGAUCCACCUUAUUGUUCUCACUGUGGUUACUCGAACACCCUGUCCUGUGGCCCCACCUAGUGGCAGGAUGAUAUAUCCCAUUCAGGUGUGUCCUGACAUUGACUGUUUCCCUCACUGUGUGGGAUGGCGUAUAUGCCUUUUAACCUCCCAACCCCGCAGUCAUAUUUAUCCAAACCAAUAGGGUUCGAAUACACUUUUUAUAACCGUGUAUGUAUAUAUAUAUGAUCUUUUUACAUGUUUUAAAUCUUGUUUAUUUCAAUGUAACAGAUCUGGACAGACAUGGGGGUACUCUGUCUCCAGCUGGCCUGUUAGUGGGUGGUGGGUUAUCUCUCAUUGCAUACCCUUUGAUUUACUGUACUCUGUCAUUUUUGUGUAUUUUAAUACUAGAGAUCAGCGCAUACAAAGUGCCUUUUAUAGUGUAGCAGUGUCAGACCACUGAAAGAAGCAGUCAGCACUAGGCUCUGAGGUGAUGGACAAAACAUGCCAAUUUACAUACAACCUGAGACAAUCACAUUUUUAUGGCAUAUACAGUAUAGAUGCUCCAUUCUUGUUUUACCAGGGGUGUCAACCAUCUGUAUAUGCAUCAUGGUCCUCUUCAUGCGGCUGAAAUCAACUAGUGAGUCGUUAACUUUCUCAAAUAAAUCUAUUUUAAACUUU